GGAGAAUGCGGAUUUCGAAGCUAAUAGGCAUAGCUAGCCAAUAAGCUAAAAACAAUCUUCUUGUCGUUAGGCUUUAAACUUGUAAAAAUGUCUAAAACACAUCCACAGCCCCCGUCGUCUUCGGCAGCGACGUCUACCGGGGGACCCUCCUCGUCUUCUUCGUCUUCGCCCGCUGGAGGUUCGACCUCUCCCGCAACCGUGUUGAACGUACAGCCCGAGAAACCUCAACAUUACACAUAUCUCAAGGAGUUCAGAACUGAGCAGUGUCCCCUGUUUGUACAGCAUAAAUGUACACAACACAGGCCUUUUUCCUGUUUCCACUGGCAUUUCCUGAACCAGCGGCGCCGCAGGCCCAUCCGCAGACGGGACGGGACCUUUAACUACAGCCCAGAUGUUUACUGUACCAGAUAUGAUGAGGGGACAGGUACCUGUCCAGAUGGAGAUGAAUGUCCAUUUUUACAUCGAACAGCCGGUGACACAGAACGGAGAUACCACCUCCGCUACUACAAAACUGGAUCAUGCAUCCAUGAAACAGAUGCUAAAGGCCACUGCAGCAAGAAUGGCUCCCACUGUGCCUUUGCUCACGGAUCACAUGACCUGCGUAGUCCCGUUUAUGAUAUUAGAGAGGUGCAGGUAAUGGAAAGCCAGGGCGGCUCAGGGGCCCCUGAUGGGGGUGGAGGAGACGGGCAAUCUGGACAGGCAGCAAGCACAGCCCUGAUAGAGAAGAUCCUGAGUGAGGAACCACGCUGGCAAGAUAACAACUACGUGUUAUCCCACUACAAGACAGAGCUCUGUAAGAAACCUCCCCGGCUGUGCCGCCAAGGUUACGCUUGUCCUUAUUAUCACAACAGCAAAGACAGGAGGCGCAGUCCUCACAAGCACAAAUACAGAGCAUUGCCGUGUCCAGCAGUGAAACAGAGCGAAGAAUGGGGGGAUCCCAGUAAAUGUGAGGGAGCAGAGGGGUGUCAGUACUGCCACACGAGAACAGAGCAGCAGUUCCACCCAGAGAUUUACAAAUCCACCAAGUGUAAUGACAUGCAGCAGUGCGGCAGCUGUCCUAGAGGACCGUUCUGUGCCUUCGCUCACGUCGAAAAGCCCUUUGUUCCUGAGGAACCAUCAUUCCCCAAACCCAGUUCCCCUCCACCCCCGAGACCUCCGGACCCUCUACCCAGUCAGGAGGCCUCUCCAAGCCCCAGCGCUCACAACAUGGGACCCGGGCCAUGUUCUGUACCAGACCCCUUCUCCCCCUCCACAGUGUCGCGUGUAGCAGAGCAGGGGCUGCUGGGUAGUGUUUUAUCUCUCUGUGAGGACAUCAGUGCACGGGUAGAGCCUGUAUCUCCUUGGGCAGGAGAAGGAGGGUACUGCAGGGCGCCAGGAUUUGAACGGGAAGAUCAGGCUAAACAGAGAGGUUUUGCUCUUGAACAGCGCAGUAGAGAAUUUUCUUCAGCACAAAGCAAGCAGGACUUGUUGGUGUUCCUGCCGGUUGGCAGCCCUUUGAGCCUGUCCUCCAGCAUCCCCUCCAGUCUGGCCGCCACACCGCCAAGCCCUGCUCUUCUCGGACCGCCAGGAUCCAGCAUCUCUUCGGGCAUGAAUGCCAACGCCCUGCCCUUCUAUCCCACCAGUGAAACUGUGGAGUCAGUUGUUGAGUCAGCCCUGGAUGACCUUGAUUUGAACGAUUUCGGUGUGUCAGCGCUGGAGAGAAGCUUGGAGAGCAGCUCUGCUCAGCCCAGUGUGGGAGUCAUGCUUGGAGGCAGCCAGCUUCAGAGUUCGGCCCCCGUCAACAUUCCAGGAUCUUUUAGCAGCUCCGCUCCUUUCAGCUCCCCUUCGCCGUCUCCCCCGGUCAGGCCACACGCUUCACCUUUCUUCUCUACUCACCUAUCACAACCUAACCAGUCAGAGAGCACCUUCCUGGGACCAUCUCAUAGCUCUUUAGGACUGAAUGGGAUGAGCACAAAUAUAUGGGAGCACUUCCCAUCAGGCCAGGGUUCUCCUGGUACACCCCCUGCCUUGCUGCCUUCUGGCUCCUGUGCAGAAACCACCAGACUGAAACAGGAGCUGGAGGAUGCUCACCGGACCCUGAAGCAGUGGGGUAACAGCUGGAGACACACAGCUCAGUCGUGGGCUACACUCAAAGCAGACACAGAGGAUUCCCGUGCAAACACAGCGCGGCUAGCCAUGGAGGCAGAGAGGGCCAGGCAGGCUGAGGAGGAGGCACAGAGGCAGAUUGCUCUCCUGCAGGAGGCGCUGGAGAGCUUACGAAGCGGAGACAAUCCCCAUCUUGCACUGCAUCAACUUCAGCUACUACACCGACUGCCGCUGGAGUCAGUCCUUAGUUUACAGGCUCAGCUCUGCAGCUGCUUACAUGCAGUGGAACAGGUGGUGUACAGGAAGCAGAGACAGUGCUGUGUGACAUGUGGCAAGCAGGGCUUGGUGUCGCUGCCUUGUGGCCACGGACUCCAGUGCGAGAGCUGCUCCGCCUCCACGGAGUGCCCGCUCUGCCCCGAACAGACCCUGGAACAGCAGCUCUCUUGACCUCAGAGCAGCUAUGGGACCACUACAGAUUCCAGACCAGUCAGUCCUGAUUCCACAAAAACCAGCCCUGGAUCCUGACCAUUUAUUCACUAAAGGUGUAAGAAGAAAACUGUAAGAUGAUAACAACAAUAAGCACUGAUUUGUUUUGUUUUUUUUACUUU